AUGAUAUCAAGGCUUGGUUUAAGGUCAUCGAGGCUAUCUAUUUCUUUAGUGGCACAUAAGCCUGUGCAAGUGCCCGUUUUUGCUCAAUUGAGGAGCGUAUAUGGAACGAGAGCUUAUUCAGCAAAGGCUACAAUUUUCGACCACACUACUGGCAAGACUAUAGUGUUACCAGAUCCCGAACAUCCUGAAUAUGGGGAUUAUAUCAACCCCAAGCCUGUAUUGGCGCAAUCGAAAGAUCCCUACUUGAAGUAUGAUGAUCAGCAAAAUAGAAGGAAUUUUAACGAUCCAGUGAAUAUGGACGAAGAUAUGCUAGACAUUUGGUCUCCUGAUUAUUUUAACUUUGUUUCAGAUUCAACUGCUUUGAAGCAGAAUGUCAUAUUUUUUGGCGCAAUCUUUGCUGUUGCUGGUAUCAUUACGUUUUUCCAAUUGAACCCUGAAAAACCAGCAAUGAUUAGAUCGUUUCCAUAUAACGGUAUGGCAGACGCCUUGGGUGCUACGUCAGAGGAAACAGCUCAUCUUUACCAAGUCAAACCGGAUCUCACUGCAGAAGCUGAAUGCGGCAUUUUGCCGGAGGACUCAGAUGUCGAAUUGAAUAGAAAAACUUAUAUAAGCGCAAAUGGAAACUACAUUAAUUGA